GCUGCUGUGAAGCUGCGCUCGUGAUGAGGGGACAGAGACACAGCUCGUCAUUACUGUAGGAGUAAAAGAGGACAGUAAUAUUUCAGACAGAAGGGAGGAGAUUUGCCGACGGCUCUCCUAUUGGUUUAGUGCAACCGUGAUGGCAUUGAGGAGACGGCUUCAUACUUUAUAAAGCACCCUGAGAGUGAGGAAACCACUGUGAACUCCUUACAGCUGAGGUGCUCUGAGGAAAACCCGUGAGAAAACACUGAACCAUGAGUGAGAGGCAAGGAUCCGGAGCAGCCGGUGGCAACAGCAAAACCUCUGGGGCACAAGAUGCGUCUAAGAAAGACAUCCCCGAGGACUUUGACAUUGACAUGGACGCCCCUGAAACUGAGAAGGCCGCCGUCGCCAUUCAAUCGCAGUUCAGGAAGUUCCAGAAGAAGAAAAAUGAUGAAAAGUCGUAGUUGCCAGCGGACUCCUCUGUCCGAAUGGCCCCAUCAGGACAGCAUGGUUUGAUGUUGCAUGUAAUAGAAUCCAUUCUGUAUAGACUCUAGGGAGGGGGAGGGGAAACCAAGGUUGUAAUCUGUCAAUCACUGAUCUGACCUGUUAUUUCACUGCUGUAACUGUCAAUUCUGUAGUUUAUAUUGAUUUUGGUUCUCCAUUCUAGCCAAGAAUAUCUGUUAUACUAUUGGUGCAUGAUUUUCUUUUUUACCUCCCAGAGCUGGAUCACCAGCCUGUCCUUUAUUUGUGAAAGCACAAUUCAUUGUGAACUGCUUAUAAAAUUGAUUUUAGUCAGAAACUGUGAGCAUCACGUGUAUAUAAAUAUAGAGCAGACUUUUUUUAUUUUUCACGCCAUUAGUCCUCAGCUCGUGUAAUGCUUUAGCAUACAUUCUCAUCCCAGUGGAGUUCUAAAAAUAGCCUGUCUUUUGAAACCCAUAUUGUUGAAUAAUUCCCAUCUUAUAUUCCCAAAUCCCCACCGUGUGCUCGGCUCUCUUUAUUGAUUCAUGAUAUUGAAUUCAAAGCUAAAUGAAAUUACUUGAGAGCAUGUUUGAUUGUUUAGUUUGCUGUGGCAUAUCAUAACAUUUCUGUUAAUUUUCUUCCUUUGCAAAGGAUCAUGGCACAAUCAUCGGUCAAAUCAAACACUCAUUGAUUUCUUUCUCACCUCAACUCAUAUCUCAACUCAGUGUGAUUGAAAUAAGAAACUAUUAAUAAACAUCCUUGAGUCUCUGUAA